AUGUCGUACGGCUCCCGAGUUUCACGGAGCCGAGCCGACAAGUUUCCCAUCAUCCACGUGGACGUGGAGCCGUCUUCCAGACUCCAGCCUGAUAUUCCAGCAUACGGCACAGGAGGCCCUUGCAAAUUGCAAGGAGACUCCCAGCUGCGCAAGUUCAACUACACGUCCCCCCCCGCAGACCACGGACAGGGCAGAACUCCUAUCCUGCCAUUCUCGGCUGCUACUCACCAGCCGGAAACGAGUGUUCUGGAAGGCGCGGGAUUCAAUUACUGGAGAGAUACCGGUACUUUGGAGACGCGAACAACGCUGCCGAAGCAAACAAUCGAUCAUGCGUGGAUGUUACCGGUACCUACUGCAAUCAUCGGUUUACACGCAAAAGUCCCCGUGAUGAAGCUCGAAACUCUCAAGAUCGGCCACAGGAAAGAAGACUCAUCGCCGCCAUCACGACAUCACGACAUUACAAACUAUUCCGACGAACACCGAGUGGAUGGGAGCUCGAACAAGCCCAAUUUCUCACGAUUUGGCGGUGAGCCCACUGCGCACCCAUCUGCUAGUAACUGCUUAGCCGGGGAGGAUGAGGAGGAGGAUGAGGAUGAGAGGGAGCAGGGGGAGCAGGUGGGAUAG